AAAAAAGUCAACUGUCAUUAGAGUCAAUUGUCAAUCCCAAUUGGCAUCGCCAUUCGCCAUUUUGUAGCGUUGUUAUCCGAAAAAUUUAGCUGACUAGCAAUGGGAGACAAUUACGCCGGCGGUGGUUACAGCGAUUAUUCCCAACCGCCUCCAUCGACCGCUUAUCCCGGCUUCGGCGGCCCUUCGGGGUACCAAGGAGGCGGAGGCGCCGCCCAAGGAGGUUCACAAGGCAAUUCGUGGGGCGGGCAAGGUAGAGGCGGCCAAGGUGGCGGAUUUGGCGGCGGCCAAGGUAUUGAUGACUCUCCUUAUAGAAGUAGUGGAUACCAAUCGGGCGGUUACGGAGGCUCAGGAGGCGGAGGAAACGGCAUGAAUUACGGAGGUGGUGGUGGCGGCGGCGGAUACGGAGGCGGCUAUGGAGGUGGCCGAGACCGGGGAGACAGGGACAUGACCCGACGAGAUAACUUUGGAGGCGGCAACAGGGGUGGUGGUUAUAAUAAAGGCGGAGAUAAUCUCGUUAUUCAAAUUGAUACUGUAUUUGUAUCUGGAAUGAAUCCGUCAUUGACUGAAGAUGAUAUUGAACAACAUUUCGGUUCUAUAGGCAUAAUUAAGUUGGACAAGAAAACGCAAAAACGUAAAAUUUGGUUGUACAAGGACAAAGUAACUGGCGAAAGCAAGGGCGAGGCCACCGUCACCUACGACGACCCCGACGCGGCUCAAUCCGCUAUCGCCUGGUUCGACGGAAAGGAAUUCCAAGGAUCUACGAUAAAAGUACAAUUGGCCACUAAAAAGGAUACGUGGAGUAGCGGUGGCGGAGGCGGUGGUCGCGGCGGCGGCGGCGGUAGAGGAGGCGGCCGACCGGGUGGUGGCGGUUUCGGUGGCCCUAGGGGCGGCGGUAGAGACGGAGGAGGCCGAGGUGGUGGCGGCGGAGGCGGUGGAAGAGACCGCGAGGGGCGCGAAGGCGAUUGGAAAUGCCCGAAUCCCGACUGUAAUAACACUAAUUUCUCAUGGAGAAAUCAAUGUAACAGAUGUAGCGAGCCCAAACCAGAAGGAGCGGGGGGCAAUAGCAGCGGUGACGAUAGACGAGGCGGAGGCGGCGGUAGAGAUCGCGACGGCGGCGAUAGAGACAGACGCGGGGGCGGAGGUUUCCGCGACAGAGGCAGUCGAGGUGGCGGCGGUUUCGGUGGAGGCCGAGGCGGCGGCGGUGGUCGCGGAUUCGGCGGCGGCGGAAGAGGUGGAAGAGGUGGCGGCGGAGGUGGUCGUCCAGGCGGAGGCAGGGAUCAUCGGUCUCGUCCUUACUAAGAGAUGUUAUCCAUUAUUUUAUCUCAAUUGAGUGCAUUCGUUUUUUUAUGUACGCAUUUUUUUUUUGAAUUGACACCGUGUGUAGGAUUCUUAUAUUCAUUCCCUUCAAACUUAAACCCAUUACCCAUAAUUUUAUUUAUGUGAUUAUAAGUGUACAUAGAAAUUGAUAUAUGUUCAUUUCUUAUGUAGGUUUUUACCUUUAAUAAAUUAAGGUUAGGUAAUUUUAAUUUUAUAUGUAACAUCAAGAUCCAAUAAAAAUU